AUGCCACCAGACGGCUCCUCCUUCACAGCCUUGAACCUACCACCAGGCUUCACACUCCCGCAAUGCAUGGAAUACUUCACUCUAACAGCGGGCCCGAACACCGAUCUAUGGCGCAAACCCCCAAACAGUGACACAUCCACCGCGCCCAUCGUAUUCACCUCGCUACGGCAGCCAUUCGUCGUAGCCGAAGUCACCAUCAGCGCUGACUGGGAAAUGGAAUGGGACCAGGGCGGCCUGGUCAUCUUCGCGGGCGCAGCACCACAGUCCUUCUCCGGGGCUCCGGCAAUCACCACAGCCCGCCGAUCGGGCGCCCGGGCACCGUGUAAAUGGGUCAAAGCCGGCAUGGAAUUUUCAUCUGGCACUGUCAAUGCAUCGUCAACUAGCGCGACGGGAGACGGUGCCGACUGGUGCCUGUCGCCGAUCCAAUCUACACAUGGACCCGGGACUCAGUCUCUACGCAUCAAACUGGAGCGUAUCGGUCAUGCGCUCUGGGUUUGGUACCAGGUCCCGUCCGCUUCGCCGUUUGUGCGGAGUCCGGGGGCAGUGGGAUCCUCGUGGACGAAGCUGCGGGAAGUCAAUUGGUUCUUUUACGGGGUUGAGGACAAGUUCGUUCAUGUGGGGAUAUACGCGAGUCGGCCUAUGAAUCUGGGCCGCGGCGAGACUAUGUUUGACGCGAUGAAUGGGUUAAGUCUGGAUAGUUCGUUGGCGGCUGGCUUCGCGGAUGGGCUGGUGGUGGAGUUUGAAGAUCUAGAAAUCUUUUAG